AUGGCCCUCCGCAACAUCAAGAACCUCGUCCCCCUUUUGGACCGCGUCCUCGUCCAGCGCAUCAAGCCCGAAGCCAAGACCGCCAGCGGUAUCUUCCUCCCGGAAAGCACCGUGAAGGAGAUCAACCAGGCCACCGUUUUGGCCGUUGGUCCUGGCGCCGUUGACCGAAAUGGAAAUAAGAUUCCCAUGAGCGUUGCUAGUGGUGAUAAGGUUUUGAUUCCUCAGUUUGGUGGUAGCCCCGUCAAGGUUGGUGAGGAGGAGUUCACUCUUUUCCGGGACUCUGAGAUCCUUGCCAAGAUCAAGGAGUAA